AUGGCCCAGCGUCUCAUUGAUGUGCUUAAAACACUCUACACGGAGUUCCUUCGUGAAAGUUACCCUGGCUCUGAAAAGGUAUGUCGAAAAAAGUAUCUAUAA